AAUGAUAAAAUAUGAAUGUGCGAAUCAUCCGGUGCGCUUCUCUUUAAUUGGCCGCGUGAUACCAGUCGGCGUGUUAUCAGUUUACGAUUAGAUAUCGUCGCGAGCGCACGCUGCAGCGCCAGCGCCGCCGCACGCCGCACGCCGCACGCCGCGCACUCGACCAGCCGCCCCGCGCCGCCGCCGCCGGCCGCAGUCACACCCAGCGACAUGAGGACCAAGGACCGACUUGCAGCACUCAAGAAAGCGAGCGCGGCGCACGGCGUCCAGCCCGAUGGGGACAGCGCGCUGCAGCUCGAGCCUUCCCAGCACCAGCGGGACAUCAACGACAUAUUAGAAGAAGUAGGCCGCGUGCGCGACUGGAUUCGCGAGCUGACCGCCAACACACUGGUGCUGCGACACCUGCACGCGGACCCCACCUUCCACACCAACAAACUUCUUCAGGACCGAUUAGAUUCUGUGAUCACGUCAUCGAACGCGAUCGGGCUGAAGAUAUGCGGCGCGCUGGUGCAGCUGGAGGGGCGCACCCGCGAGCCCAGCACCGCCACCAGCAACCACGUGCGCGCGCGCAUCCUGCGCCUGCAGUACGCGGUCACGCGCCGCCUCUACGCGGACGCGCUCGCCGACCACCAGCGCUUCCUCGAAGUCAUGCACGACCACCAGUUGCAUCUGCUGCAGGAACAGAUCAAACUUACAAACCUCUCGAUAUCGGAUGACGAGUGCCAGGCGCUGCUGGACACGAAGAACCUCUCGCUGUUUGUAGACAACUGUGCGUGGUGUGGUGCAGGUGCGGGCGGACACGCUGGCGGCGCGGCGCGCGCUGCGCGCGGUGGAGGCGCGCCACGAGCAGCUGGCGCGCAUCGAGGGCUCCGUGCGGGACGUGCGCGACCUGUUCCUCAGGCUGUCGCACCUCGUCGCCGACCAGCAAGAGCAGAUCGACAACGUGCAACACUUCGCGCUGCAGGCGACCGACUACGUGGAGAGCGGCGAGCAGAACCUCAUGCAGGGCGUAGUGAAGCUGAAGCAGGCCCGAGAGAAAAAGACGCAACUAAUAAUAUUCUUAGUAGUUGGAUUUUUACUUAUAUUAAUAAUAUUAAUCCUGACGUGAUAAUAAAGUUCCCCCGUGAUCGUUGUCUCUAACCACAUACUUGAACUAUACCGUGGUGUUGUGUGCGAUUUGGUGACACGUCGCGUGCGCCGGUGUCAGCGCGUCUCGGCGGACACACUGCGGCCGGCGCGUGGCCUUCCCGACACUACUUAGUCAAUGGACGUUGAUUUAUUUAUUUAUUAUUAUUGUUACACUACUAGUCAUUUUUUAAAUUUAAUAUCAUUGUGUAAAGUGAAUAAAGAAAAUAAUUAUAAAUUUUGUAACAA